CCGCAGACAGCCUUGCUUACCUGAGUCAGGCGGGCCUGGGCACUGAGCAGGAAGGACUGGUAUAAGAGGAAGAGGCAGAGGUUUGUGCACAGCCAGCAGGACGCCCAGGGACCAGGAUGCCCCCGGCAGUGAGGUGGUCUGCCCGGAGUGCAGGAUGGCUGUGGAUCUUUGGGGCAGCCCUGGGGCAGUGUCUGGGAUACAAUUCACAGCAGCAAAGGGUAGCGUUUCUUCAGCCUCCCGGUCAAAACCACCUGCAAGCAAGUUAUGGGGAGCUUAGACCCAACCAGGGUUGUAGCCCUGGAUACUAUCGGGAAAACAAAGGCUUAUAUACCGGACGGUGUGUUCCCUGCAAUUGCAACAGACAUUCAAAUCGAUGCCAGGAUGGCUCAGGAAUGUGUAUUAACUGCCAGCAUAACACUGCUGGGGAACACUGUGAGCGCUGCAAAGAGGGUUACUAUGGGAAUGCCAUCCAGGGAUCCUGUAGUGUCUGCCCGUGUCCUCAUUCAAACAGUUUUGCCACCGGCUGCGUCGUGUCUGGUAGAAAUGUGCAAUGCUCCUGCAAACCCGGAUACACAGGAACACAGUGCGAAAGGUGUGCACCAGGAUAUUUUGGGAAUCCCCAGAAACUUGGAGGUAGCUGCCAACCAUGCAGUUGUAACAGCAAUGGCCAGUUGGGCAGUUGUGACCCCCUGACUGGAGACUGCAUAAACCAGGAACCCAAAGAUAGCAGCCCUGGAGAAGAAUGUGAUGAUUGUGACAGCUGUGUGAUGACGCUCUUAAAUGACCUGGCCACCAUGAGCAACGAGCUCCGCCUCGUCAAGUCGCAGCUGCAGGGCCUGAGCGCCAACGCAGGCACUCUGGAGCAGAUGGGGCACUUGGAGACCCAGACCAAGGACCUGAGGAAUCAGCUACCCAACUACCGUUCUGCCAUUUCAAAUCAGGGCUCAAAAAUAGAUGGCCUGGAAAAAGAACUAAGUAAUUUGAAUCGUGAGUUUGACACUUUGCAAGAAAAGGUUCAACUAAAUUCCAGAAAAGCACAAACAUUAUAUAACAAUGUUGAUCGGACAACCCAAAGCGCAAAAGAGCUGGACACAAAGAUUAAAAAUGUCAUCCGGAAUGUGCACAUUCUCUUGAGGCAGAUCUCUGGGACAGAUGGAGAAGGAAACAACCUGCCUUCGGGUGAUUUUUCUAGACAGUUGGCUGAAGCAGAGCGCAUGAUGAGAGAACUGAGGAAUCGCAACUUUGGAAAGCACCUGAGAGAAGCAGAAGCUGAAAAAAGAGAGGCUCAGCUCUUGCUGAAUCGGAUAAGGAGCUGGCUGGAGAACCACCAGGUGGAGAACAAUGGACUUGUUAAGAGCAUACGGGAUUCUUUAAAUGAAUAUGAAGCCAAAGUCACUGACCUCCGUGCUGUGCUACAGGAGGCAACUGCCCAAGCAAAGAAGGCCACUGGCCUCAACCAAGAAAACGAGAGGAAUUUGGAAUCCAUCAAGAGGCAAGUUCAAGAAAUGAAUUCCCUACAGAGUGAUUUUACCAAGUCUCUAGCCACUGCAGACGCUUCCUUACUGCAAACCAACGUUGUGCUACAGCUGAUGGGGAAGAACCAGGAGGCAUAUGAAAAAUUAGCUGCCACUUUAAAUGAAGCAAGACAUGAACUAAGUGACAAAGUGAGAGAACUUUCCCAAUCUGCCAGCAAAGCAUCGCUGGUGGCUUUGGCAGAGAAGCAUGCGCAGUUCUUACAGGACCUGGCAAAGCAGCUGGAGGAGAUCAAGAGGAAUGUCAGCGCGGAUGAGCUGGUGCGCUGUGCAGUGGACGCUGCCACCGCCUAUGAGAACAUCCUCAACGCCAUCAAAGCGGCGGAGGACGCGGCCAACAAGGCCAGUAGCGCAUCCGAGUCUGCCCUCCAGACAGUGAUAAAAGAAGAUCUUCCAAGAAAAGCUAAGAGCCUGCGUUCCGACAGUGCUAGACUAUUAAAUGAAGCCAAGAUAACACAGGAGAAGCUACAACAAGAAAUCAGUCCUGCUUUGAACAACCUACAGCAAACUCUGAAAAGUAUGACAGUUCAGAAAGAGGUGAUAGACACCAAUAUCACUGCCAUCCGCGAUGAUCUUCGUGGGAUAGAGAGAGGUGACAUUGAUGGUAUGAUCAACAAUGCAAAGAGCAUGGUCAGAAAUGCCAACAACAUCACAAAUGAGGUUCUAGAAGGGCUCCAUCCCAUUCAGACAGAUGUGGAAAGAAUUAAGGACACCUAUGGGAGGACACAGAGUGAAGACUUCAACAAGGCUCUUACUGAUGCAGAUAACUCAGUAAAGAAGUUAACCAACAAACUGCCUGAUCUUCUGAGCAAGAUUGAAAGUAUCAACCAACAGCUGUUGCCACUGGGCAAUAUCUCUGACGAUGUGGACCGCAUACGAGAGCUAAUUCAGCAGGCCAGAGACGCUGCGAAUAAGGUCGCCAUCCCCAUGAGGUUCAAUGGUAAAUCUGGUGUGGAAGUCCGGCUGCCAAAUGACCUGGAAGAUUUGAAAGGCUACACAUCUCUUUCUUUGUUUCUCCAAAGACCUGACUCAAGAGAAAAUGGGGGAACUGAGAAUAUGUUUGUGAUGUACCUUGGAAAUAAAGAUGCCUCCAGGGACUACAUUGGCAUGGCAGUCGUAGAGGGCCAGCUCAGGUGUGUCUACAACCUGGGAGACCGCGAGACUGAACUCCAAGUGGACCAGACCUUGACAGAGAGUGAAACUCAGGAGGCGAUAAUGGACCGGGUGAAAUUUCAGAGAAUUUAUCAGUUUGCAAAGCUUAAUUACACCAAAGAAGCCACAUCCAAUAAACCAAAAAUACCUCGACUUCAUGACAUGGGUGGUGGAAAUAGCAAUACACUCCUCAAUUUGGAUCCUGAAAAUGUUGUAUUUUAUGUUGGAGGUUACCCACCUGAUUUUAAACCUCCUAGUAGUCUGAGAUUCCCUCCAUACAAAGGUUGUAUUGAAUUAGAUGACCUCAAUGAAAAUGUUCUGAGCUUGUACAACUUCAAAAAUACUUUCAAUCUCAACACAACUGAAGUAGAGCCUUGUAGAAGGAGAAAAGAAGAGUCAGACAAAAGUUAUUUUGAAGGUACAGGCUAUGCUCGAGUUCCAACUCAACCAAAUGCUCCCAUUCCAAACUUUCAACAGGUGAUUCAGACCACUAUGGACAGAGGUUUGCUAUUUUUUGCAGAAAACCAGGAUCACUUCAUCUCUCUAAAUAUAGAAGAUGGCAGUCUCCUGAUGCAAUACAAACUGAAUUCAGAGCCACCAAAAGAAAAAAGAAUUCCAAGCCUCGUAAACAACGGAGACGAUCAUUCGAUUCAAAUCCAAAUUGGAAAAGUCCAGAACCUUAUGAGGGUGGGUGUGAAAUCUGAAACCACUAUAAUUGAAGGUGAUGUCUUUGAUUUCAACACAUAUUACCUGGGAGGAAUUCCAAUUGCAAUCAGGGAAAGGUUUAACAUUUCUACACCUGCUUUUCGCGGCUGCAUGAAAAAUCUAAAGAAAACUAGUGGUGUCGUUAGGUUGAAUGAUACUGUGGGAGUAACAAAGAAGUGCUCAGAAGACUGGAAACUCGUGCGAUCUGCCUCAUUCUCCAGGGGGGGACAAUUGAGUUUCACCAAUUUGGACUUGUCUGACCAGUUCCAGGCCUCCUUUGGAUUUCAGACCUUUCAACCCAGUGGCAUAUUAUUAAAUUAUCCAACACAGACAGGUAACCUACAGGUCACCCUAGAAGAUGGUCACAUUGAACUCAGCACCAGGGAUAGCAGCAGCCCAAUUUUUAAAUCUCCACAGACAUACAUGGAUGGUUUACUGCAUCACGUAUCUGUUAUAAGUGACGACUCUGGACUCCAUCUUCUCAUUGAUGACCAGCCUUUGAAAAGUAACCAAAGGCUGCAAAGCUUUCCCCAGAAACCCCUGCGUCUGGGCGGGAGUGAUUUUGAGGGUUGUAUCAGCAAUGUUUUUGUCCAGAGGUCAUCACAGAGUCCCACAGUCUUAGAUUUGGCUACUAAAUUUACCAAGAGAGAUGUGUCCCUGGGAAGCUGCAGCUUAAACAAACCACCUUUUCUAAUGUUGCUUAAAGAUCCUACAAGGUUGAAUAAAGCCAAGACUUUCAAUAUCAACCAGCCAUUGCAGGACACACCCAUGGCCUCCCCAAGGAAUGCAGAGGUGUGGCGAGAUGCUCAGACUUGUCCAUCACCUUCCCAGGCCCAACCCAAUCACAGAGCCCUCAGGUUUGGAGACAGUCCCACCAGCCACUUGCUAUUCACGCUUCCCCAGGAGAUGCUGAAACCCAGGUCACACUUUGUUGUGGACAUGCAGACAACAUCCUCCAGAGGGCUUGUGUUUCACACAGGCAUUAAGAACUCCUUUAUGGCUCUAUAUCUUUCAAAGGGACGUCUGGUCUUUGCUUUGGGAGCAGAAGGGAAAAAACUGAGGCUCAAAAGCAAAGAGAAGUACAAUGAUGGGACGUGGCACACGGUGGCAUUUGGGCAAGAUGGAAAAAGGGGGCACUUAGUUGUGGAUGGUCUGAGGGCCCAGGAGGGAAGAGUGCCUGGAAAUUUCACCAUCAGCCUCAGAGCACCAGUUUUCCUGGGAUCGUCUCCAUCAGGAAAACCAAAGAGUCUCCCCAAAAACAGCUUUGUGGGAUGCCUGAGGAACUUGCAGUUGAAUUUGAAACCACUGGAUACCCCUUCUGCAAGCUUUGGGGUGUCUCCCUGCUUGGGUGGCUCUUUGGAGAAAGGCAUUUAUUUCUCCCAAGAGGGAGGUCAUGUCAAACUAGCCAACUCUGUGCUGCUGGGGCCAGAAUUUAAGCUCAUUUUCAGCAUUCGCCCAAGAAGUCUCACUGGAAUCCUAAUACACAUCGGCAGUCAUUCCGGGAGGCACUUAUGUGUUUACAUGGAGGCAGGAAAGGUCAUGGCCUCUGUGGACAGUGAAGCAGGUGGGAUCUUGACAUCAGUCACACCAAAGCGGUCUCUGUGUGAUGGACAGUGGCACUCCGUGGCAGUCACCAUCAAACAACACAUCCUGCACCUGGAACUGGACACAGAUAAUAGCUACACAGCUGGACGACUCCCCUUCCCAUCUGUCAGCACUCAGGAGCCACUACACAUUGGAGGUGUUCCAGCCAACUUGAAGAUCCUGAAGCUCCCUGUAUGGAAAUCAUUUUUUGGCUGUCUGAAGAAUAUUGAAGUCAACCACAUUCCUCUCCCUGUCACUGAAGCAGUGGAAGUCCAGGGGACUGUCAGUCUGAAUGGCUGUCCUGACCACUAACUCAAACCUACUACACAGUGAGGAAAUUUACCUUCAAAACACUGAUCACCAGCACACCUUCCUCUCCCCACUCAAGGUCAUUCUUCACUUAAGACACCAUGCAGAUGGGUUUACUAGCAAAUCCAAUUUGAACUUUGACCACUCAUACCCAUCCUUUUGGCAUUCAGUGCUACAUAUGUAUUUUCUAUACAAAUUUCAUUUCUUGAAGAUGAUGAACAAAUUGUUGUAUGCUUUUGGUAAUAUUUUCCACUAAAAAAAAUGAAAUGUCUUUUAAAGAUUAUUUUCCACUUGUUUAAAAAAAUAAAUAUCUUUUAAAGCA